UACAGUCAUUCACAACGUCUUCAGUUUGCAUCGCUAUACAAGGAUCUCAUACAAACAGACCGCUAUCAUUGGAAACCAUUUUUGUUCCUUUAUAAAUGCCUGACAACAUGAAAAGCUUAGCAGCAAUUGUCUGUCUGUUUCUCUGCUCUGGACUUCUUGCUGUAGCAGCGGAGACAAAGCAAGAAGCAAAGCGGUUGUCUAUCAUUCGACCGUUUCCAACUGCCAGUGUUUAUCUUCCUGGCAUCAGCAUCGAAGCUGGAAAAUUCAAAGAAAAUUACACAUACUGCUAUUGCUUCAAGUUCAAGUGUCGUGUUCCAGGGAUGCAAAAUGGAUUCAAGGGAUGGCUAACAAAUCAAAACAAUAGGAAAGGAUACUUUGUCAUCAACGGAAAGCUCUACAUUAUAUAUCGCUGCGAUCGUCGACGCAGGGRUGAUUAUGGUCGUGGGCGCUAACCAAUAAUAAAAAAAGGGUCGUUUAAACUUCCAAUAAAAACAUGUAGCAUUAGAAUUUAAAACAAAAACGUUUCCAUAAUACAAAAGUUACUUUUUUUAUAAUCGCUCAUCAGGGAACGAUAAGCUGACAUAAAUAACUUUAUAAAACGACUUUACAAAAACCGUCUGCAAGUCGCUAUGGCGCAAGAGUCUUUCACCUGAAAUAACCUCCUUCUUAGCACUAUAACUUUCGUUUAUUUCUAUAUCGUAGUGAAACAGAUCCUAUUCCCUGACCUCAGCCUUAUGACGUAACAGCCGGCACUAAAUUGAUCUUUGGUAAUCUGGCCUUGACAAAAAAGAUAAUUAAUGAUAAAAAG